AGGAGAGAUGUAGCAAGUUUAGUGAAUAUAAACUAACCAAGUUUAGGAGAGAUGUAGCAAGUUUAGUGUUUAUAAACUAACCAAGUUUAGGAGAGAUGUAGCAAGUUUAGUGUUUAUAAAGAAAAAGAGCCUCAUUGUGGCGGUUGAUGAACUAUAACAAAAAGUAUGCCUAUUCACUCUCAACACAACAGUUUCGAGCGCGUCACGUGCAAGGUGUGCAAGUGAAGAGUUUGCGCGAUGCCGCGCGCACCCACCUCAGCCUUCUCCAUCCUGCAACCAAGCGCGAGGUGUACCGGAGCUCUGUAUAUCAUGAGUCCGCUAACCCACAGUGGGUUCUUCAGAACACUCUACAUGCUAUCCAGGCUCUGAGAGAUCUGAUAGUUCAAGUUUGGGAUUCUGAUCGGAACAUUCUACUCAUCGAGCAUUUUGUUACAUUGUCGGCACUAUCAUACUUUGGGGAAAAGGGGACAGAGUCGGCUUGGGAGACGAACACAGUGAUACUCGUGUUGAACGAUUCUCUCUUCUUUUCACGACACGGUCGAUAUCCAGACAUAGGACCGAACGUUGUUUUGGAAGAGGGAGACGUCAAGAAGCCUUUCUGUAAUGUCAGAAAAUCCGACACUAGGAUUUCGUACGACACCAAAACUGUUCAGAAUUUGCACGCGAUGUACAAGUCCGUGAUAGAUGCUGAGAACACGUCCGUGAAUCUGCGAGCGGAGAUAGGUCGACGGAUACAGUCCGUCUCACAAGUCGAGAACAACAAGGUGCACGAACUGAAAUGUAGGAUAAAGUAUCUUCAGGACCGCCGAGCAAAGUUCGUGGAAUCAGUCACCAAAGAUAAAGACAGGUUGGAACGUAUGAGAGAGCAGAACGCACAACAUUUACUCCGUAGAGGCAAUCUCCGCAAAUCAGUCAGAGAAUGUGGAAAUCUGUUGGCGGAAGAACUCGACAAAAUGGAUUGGAUGGUGCGGUACGUGGUGAAGAGCAAACUGAAGCUGCUGAAAAGGCAACAAACGUUGGUUGGACAGUUGAGACAGAUAUUUCACAUUACUCAAGAUGACAAGAGUCAUAAGAUGAUGAUAUUCGGAUUGAAGAUACAUUCUCAGGAUCAAAUAAAUGAUAAGAGCGAGGAGGAGGAGUUAGGGCCAGCGCUCGGUUAUGCAGCGCACCUCGUCACUCUGAUUUCCUCUCUGUUUGAUGUUCCUCUGAGGUUCCCUCUGACUCCAGCCCUCUCUCUGUCCACUAUCAGGGAUGAUAUCACCGCUAAACUGGAUGAGAAACGAGUCCUACCACUGUACAUCAAGGGGAAAGACAGGAGUUACUUCAGCUACGGAGUGUUCCUGUUGCACCGCAACAUCGCUCAGAUCAGACAUCAUUGCGGAAUGAGAACUGAGGAGAUUAAAGCACCUCUUGGUAAUCUGACAGAACUUAUGAAUUCAAAGCUGCGGGAUUCCAUGUCGUGUCACCCUCCAGCUCGAAUAGUUUCUAACGACAAGGUAAUAUCUCGCCACCGGAGCACCGACACCUUCAAGAAGACCCAUAAAAGAGUCAGAUCUGCUCCGAUAAAGUUUAACGUUAGUUUGGAUAUGGGAGGGAUAGACGCCAGGUCGACUUACUCAAAUGCUCCGAGCGAAGUUUCUUCGUGGAAUUCAUCUAUCAGUCUAAAGAUAAGUGAGGGGCCUGUGCAGACAGCUAGUUCAGCAGAAGACAUAACUGUAACCGUCCCGGAGAAAGAGGAAGAAGAAGUGUCUGAUCUAAUAGAUUUUAAUGAGGAAGAGCUCGAUGACGAUGAGCCAGGUCCGUCCUCUACAGCGGACUCCACAACCCGGCCAGCAAGCUCCGAGUCUGCCCAGACUCCUGAACCUCAGACUCCUCCUACUUCUCCUCAUACCCCUCUAUCGUCCCGUGUAGCUUGGCAAGAUGCCAGCCCCCCAGACGUCUUCACAAGCACUGAUGACGUUACAGCCAAUGACAAGACGUCACAAGAAACGUCAGUCCGUACUCACAAUGGGUCCUUGAGCUCCAGUCCGAUGGGCAGCUCAACCCCACCCCGCGGGUCCACUUUGCCCAUCGGCUGUUCCCUGACCAGUGGCUCCACUCCUCCCCUCAGUUCCAGCCUUAAUCGUUCAGCAGAGGUGGGUAGGUCUAGUUUCAAGAGUUACAUACGUGGGAGCGAGCUUUGGGGACGAACUGAGGACGGAGCGCAGCGGUCUGCUAGUUUCAAAAGUUACCGCCAUCCUAAAAGAACGGACACGCCCAAAUCUGAUGACAGAACAGACUCUUUAGGAGCAGUUAGCGGUGAUCGGAGUCCUAUCGCAAAUAGAUCUCCUGAGUCUCUUAGCUCAAACAGGACCCCUGAGUCUGUUAGCUCGCCGAGUCCUGAAUCCAACAGAACUGAUACUGGAGAUACUGAUUCCAACGUCUCACAAGCUUCCUCGUCAAUUGGUUCGCCGUCAAGGAGUGAAGUAAGAAUACAACCGGUCCAGCAUCACAUCACUAAAACCUACAUGGCCCUCGACAGUCCAAUCAUAAUCCAUUCCUCCGCUCCCGGCUACUUGCCAACCAAUCAGCGUUCUCCACGAUCUUCUCCGACCAAUCAGCACUCUCCGCGUUUAUCUUCAGCCAACCAGAGGCUUCCCUCAAACCGGCUAACUAAUCAAGGCCUGGAACAUGCGGUGAACGGUCACCGAGCGGAGCAGCUUCACUCGGUUACCCCAGAUAUUUGCCCUGAAGAAUUCUACACGAACUGAUACAUGCAUUUGAUUUUAUUAGGAAUAUGAAAUAUGAUUGGGAAACAUAAUUUUAUAAUAUCUCUUAACAAGCCCAUGGAAAUUAGGAUGAAAUGUUAUUUAACGAAGAGGAUAUUUUUGUGGCAGAACGUUUACUACAAGUUAUUCUUGUGACCUUGAUUGUACAGUUUGAAUCGUUAGUUAGAUUGUAGGGUUGUAAACCAACUGCAGAAUUAUUUGCACAUUCGAUGAUCUUAAUUUGGUCUAAAUAAAUAAGUGUUUUUUGUAAAUUCAUUGAUGGUUGAUAUAAGUAUAUUUGACUGAUGAAUGGUCCAUUGUAGGCGAUGUUUUUAAUUCCAGUUUAAUGAUAUCUCCAUACAUUAUGGACUCAUAAAGAUCAUGGUUUAUGUUGACCCCUAAUUGUUGAUCAUGUAGUUCAAGGAUUUGUGGGAUUCUGAAAAUGUGGUUCUUACUUAUGGAUCAUUCUCACUUCUCAGGCGAUACUUUUGAUCUAAGAACUUAAGGGUUUAAGGUUUGCUCAUUUUGCUUGCUUCAAAUGAAGCUAUUUCAGUAUUAGGAAAACGGGCGUGUUUUGAUACUUGAUGAGCAUUUUUCUGCAAAGUUUCUAAGAUCUUUGGGUUAAUCAUAGAAUUUCUGAUUUGAUUUCCACUUUUAACAUCUAUUUCAGACCCAAUUUCGUGUCUUUUUCUACGAGAUAAUAUUAGUUUUCUUCAUUACUGUGUACUGAUUACUGAAUUAUUUGGAGCCCAUAGAUGGUACCAAAACAUUUUUGCCCAAGAAUACUUUUGUUUGAUUAUAUUUUGAUUGAUAUGUGUACAUUCGAAUUAUGUGUGCGAUAACAGCUGUUUGUUUACUGGUCGAAAAAUUGUUAUGUUGUUGCAAUGCUGGCAUUGCUCAAUUAAUUAGCAGAUUUGAAAUUGGAAAUGUGGCGUCUUUAUUUUGUCAAUCCAUUUUUAAACAUACCCGAAUGCUGAAGAAGUCGAGUGGAUGAUUGAUAAUCAAUACACAAUAAUGAAUAAUGCACUGACGAGUGCUAAUUAAUGUUCCAUAUCGG